AAGGAGGCCCUUCAGCCGAGGAAAAUGGCUGACGUUGAGAUGGAGAUCACGUCUACAAGAAUGAAUAAUGGCAACGAGCACGUAAAGCAAGACCUGGAAAGCCAUGAAAAAAGCGGGAAUGAAGACAGUGGAGACUUGUCUGAGGAAGAAGAGGAGGAAGGGGAGGAGGCUGAAACUAACGGUGAGAAGACAGCAGAGGAGACCAAACAUCACAGCAGCAGCGGGAAACAUAAGAGGAAAAAACACAAGCAUCGUAGUAAGCACAAGAAGCACAAACAUGCAUCUGAUGAAGACAAGGAGCGCAAACGCAAGCAUCGCCACAAACAUAGGAAACACAAACGCAAAGAGGGCUCGUCUCCGUCCGCUGCUGUCGUCAUCGGCUCCUCCAGCCACAGGAAAGUGGAGUCUUCUCCUUCAUCUGGAAACCCAAGUCUGGACGACAGGGCCUUGUUGGAGGAUUUGGAGAAGCAGAGGGCCAUGAUCAAAGCCGAGCUGGAUAGCCAGUUGAUGGAGGGCAAGGUUCAGUCUGGGAUGGGUUUGAUCCUUCAGGGGUACAACUCUGGAUCAGAAGAGGACGCCGAGGGGAGGUUCCGAAACGGAGAACAGCGUCCGAGGGGCAGCUCAGGUAAACCCAUAUCUCCCAGAGGAGGGAAAAGUGGUAAAUCUAAACGGGACUCAACAGAGGCCAGUAAAACGAGCUCCAAGCGUCGGAGUCGGAGUAAGUCCGCAGAGAAGCCUGCCAAAGAGCCAAAGCAGGACAAGGGGACCAAAAGCAGCAAGGACACAGUGGUUAAAGACAGGGGGCGUGGCAGGAGCAGGUCAAAAGAGAAAAAGCAUUCAGACAGCACUGAUCAGCCCAAGGAGAGGAGGAAGUCCACGUCUCCUUCCACCGUAAGAAGCGAGCAGAAAGUCGGUCGCACUGAUAAACGUUCAUCUCCACAGCGGGAGGACAGACCAAACAAGGAGAGAGCCAGCCGGCGGUCCCGGUCGCCUGGACGAGAGCGGCCCAGCCGGUCCGACGCUGACCGGGACAAGCGGCCGGCCAAGUCUCCAUCCAAGGACACGUCGCUGGGGAAGGAGAACCGCUCCCCUCAUCGGCGAGGGGAGCACAGCCCCAGGAGGAAACGCAGCGUUUCCCCUCGCCACAGAGACAGCCACCAGCCGCCGGCCAGCGCCUCGGAGAGGACGUCCAAACAGAGCCAGUCCCCGUCGAGAACAAGGUCCCCGCCGAGGAGAGGACGCAGCCGGUCGGCCGACGCCAGGAGGAGGGAGGCCGACCGGCAGGACUCACCGCUCAGGAAGCGAAGGGUCGAUGUUGGACUUGGCCGGGCCAGAUCUCGAGACAUGAGUCCCAGGGCGGCCUCCCGCCGCAGGAUCAGCCGCUCACCUUUCAGGAGGAGAUCCCUGUCACCACGACGACGCUCCCGCUCCUCACCUCGCAGACGAAGCCGGUCUCCUCUGAGACGCAGGCCGUCUCUCCUAAUUAGACCGGGCUUUCCCUCCUGCAGGUCUGGGGAGAGAGACCGGUAUGGAAGACUCCGACAGUAUCGACGGUCAAUGUCCCGGGAUCGGGACAGGAGAAGGCGGCGCAGCAGAGACGAAGACAAGUUUAAAGGCAGCCUCUCAGAGGGAAUGAAACUUGAGCAGGAAUCCUCGGGGGAUGAAGUGUUGGAGGACUUUGAAGGUGAAGAGGUAGAUGAAGAAGCUCUGAUUGAACAGCGGCGCCAGCAGCGCUUGGCCAUCGUCCAGAAAUACAAGGUUGUGAAUGAGGACACCAUGGUAUCAGAGCCCAGCAGCCCCCAGAGCAGCACACGGAGCCGCUCGCCUUCCCCCGACGACAUCCUGGAGCGCGUGGCGGCAGACGUGAAGGAGUACGAACGCGAGAACCUCAACACCUUCGAGGCAAACAUCAAAGCCAAGCACAACCUCAUCGCCCAGGAGAAAGACGGAUCCAACCCCAAGAAGCCGUCAGCCCCCGACAUGUUUACAGAGUCCGACGACAUGUUUGCUGCCGACUUUGAUAAUGCCCGGAUGAGAGCAGCUGGUGUAGGAAAGGACUUCAAGGAGAACCCCAACCUCAGGGACAACUGGACCGACGCCGAGGGCUACUACCGGGUUAAUAUCGGUGAGAUCCUGGACAAGCGCUAUGACGUGUACGGCUACACGGGCCAGGGCGUGUUCAGCAACGUGGUCAGAGCCAGGGACACCGCCAGGGCUGGCCAGGAGGUGGCGGUCAAGAUCAUCCGGAACAACGAGCUCAUGCAGAAAACUGGUUUGAAGGAGUUAGAAUUCCUCAAGAAGCUGAAUGAUGCUGAUCCUGAUGACAAGUUCCACUGCCUUCGCCUUUUCCGGCACUUUUACCACAAGCAGCAUCUCUGUCUGGUGUUCGAGCCUCUCAGUAUGAAUUUGCGAGAGGUGCUGAAGAAAUACGGCAAAGACGUUGGGCUCCACAUCAAAGCCGUUCGUUCUUACAGCCAGCAGCUUUUCUUGGCCCUGAAGCUGCUCAAACGAUGCAACAUCCUCCACGCUGACAUCAAGCCCGAUAAUAUCCUGGUGAACGAGUCAAAAACCAUUCUGAAGCUUUGUGACUUCGGUUCUGCUUCACAUGUGGCGGACAACGACAUCACACCAUAUCUGGUCAGCAGAUUUUACAGAGCUCCCGAAAUUAUCAUAGGAAAGCCUUACGACUACGGCAUUGACAUGUGGUCUGUUGGCUGCACUUUAUACGAGCUUUACACCGGCAAAAUCCUGUUUCCUGGAUCUUCCAACAAUCACAUGAUCAAGCUGGCGAUGGAUCUCAAGGGGAAGAUGCCCAACAAGAUGAUCCGUAAAGGCUUGUUCAAAGACCAGCACUUCGAUCAGAACCUGAACUUCCUGUACAUUGAAGUAGACAAAGUGACAGAACGGGAGAAGGUGACGGUCAUGAGCACCAUCAACCCCACCAAAGACCUGCUGGCAGACAUGAUCGGGGGCCAGCGGCUGCCCGAGGACCAGAGGAAGAAGGUCAUGCAGCAGAAGGACCUGCUGGAGGGCACGCUGAUGCUGGACCCGGCCAAACGCAUCAGCAUCAACCAGGCUCUGCAGCACCCGUUUAUCCAGGAGAAGAUCUGAGCCCCUGAAGGCCACACACUCCCAGAGCCGGCGGACAGAACGGGCCGACCACUAAACCAGCUCUGACGGGAACUCAAACCCACAGACUUUGUUUCAGAAUGUCACUGAGUUUUCUUCUUCCUCAACAUUAUUUUGUUAAUGGAUACAUUAUUGUGUUUUAUUGUAAAUAGAUCAUUAAAACGGUAGCCUUUCUCGAAGACACUGAUUUCUGCGAUUUUUCAUUGUAAAUUUCCCUUCAAACCUCGCAAUACAGUCCUGGAUUUUUCUUUUUAUUUAACAGUCAUCGGAGUGACAGAUGUUUAAAAGAAAACUAUUACUGUAAAUACUGUAUGUCUAUUGCAUUAACAAUCCCAAGCAGCAGACAGAUGGGUUUUGUCGUAGAUGCAGACGUCAAAAUGCGUUGUUUUCUUUUUCUUUCUUCUUUUUUUAACCACAUUACUCAUAGUGGGGCGAUGCAUGCUUUUGAAUGUGCACCCUUUGUGCUCUGGGUUUCUGUGGUGCAGGCCUGUGUAAAUGCUCUGUAUGUGGAUCUGUGUCCCACACGUAACAGCAACUCCCCCCCACCCGUCUUGUUGCACCCCCUGGUAUUGAGGCCUGAUUUGAAGGAAUACAUGAAUUAUUAUGCUUUUUUCUUUCUUUUUUUUUGUUUUGAGCAAGAUUCUUUUUUUUUUUCUCCAGGGUAGGUAGUCUUUUCUUUCUUUUCUUCUCAAUUGUCCUCUCCUUCCAGCACUGUGGCUAGGUCCUGGCUCGUAAGGCUCUCACAUUCAAGUGCCUCCUCUAUGAGCCCAGUUUGUUCAAAUACCAAACAAUGCAGGCCUACAGAAGCCACAUCUGUGAUCCUUCCCUCCCAGUGUUGUACAUAGUCCAUAGUUACUGCUUAUUUCUUUUCUUGUAUGUUUAAUUUCUCUCCCAAUAAGUGGUCAAACCAACCCUUGUGAUUUCAAUAAAGAAUAGUCGUGGAAACGCUGCUGAAAGAGCACCUUCAGUAUAAAACGGCUUUUUAGUAAUAAAAUGUUUCCUCUUGUAUACAAA